AUGCAUUUCACCUCCUACCUCUCUCUCCUCCCCCUGCUCGGGGCCGCCCUCCCCGUCUCGGCCUCGGACCCGCCCUCCUAUGACGGCUACACCCUCGCCUGGGCUGACAGCUUUCAGGGCCCGUCAGGCAGCCUGCCCAACGAAAACAACUGGAACAUCAUCGACGGCAACCUGGGCGUGAACAACGAGCUUGAGACCUACCGCCGGGACCCCUACAACGUGCAGACCUCCGGUGGCACCACGCUGCAGAUCACGCCCCGGCGGGCCUCCGACGGCUCCUGGACCUCGGGCCGCCUGGAGUCCAAGUACACGUUCACGCCCAAGUCGGGCGGGCGGACGAAGGCCGAAGCCGGCAUCCGGUUUGGUGCGAACGAUCCUAGCACGAAGCAGGGUAUUUGGCCGGCUUUUUGGUUGUUGGGUGAUUCGAUUCGGCAGGGGACCUCAUGGCCGGCGUGUGGCGAGCUGGAUGUCAUGGAGACGGUCAAUGGGCAGUUGACUGGGUAUGGCACCGUGCACUGCGAUGUCAGCCCCGGCGGCGUGUGCAACGAGCCCAGCGGGCGCGGCAAGUCGAUUUCCCUCGACAGCCAGGACUGGCACACGUGGAGCAUCGUGUGGGACCUGACUUCGGGCGACUGGGGCUCGCAGUCCAUCUCAUGGUUCCUGAACGGCCAGCAGUUCAACCAGAUCACUGGCUCGUCCAUCGGUAACCAGGGCGUGUGGAACAGCCUGACGACUAAGCCGCUGUACCUGUUGCUUAACGUGGCUGUUGGUGGGUCUUGGCCUGGAAACCCGAACGGUAACACCCAGGACGGCCCCGGUGCUAUGAUGGAGGUCGCGUAUGUGGCGCAGUACCAUUCUUAA